AUUGACGUUUGACGCGUAGUUUCGGAUGCGUGGUCUGACCGAAAUCGUCGAUGGUUGUACGUUUAACGGUGAUACGGGACGAAAGAAUUCCAUCUCGUAUGCGGUCGAUUGGUGUCUGGUAGUGUUUCGCUAUGUUGCAAGUGCUUUGGCCACAAGAGGCGCAGUGACGACUCGCCCGUGAGCCUGCCGACAUCCUCGACAGCCCUGUGAUGGAGUCGAUCAGAAAAUGGUUCUACAGGCCUAAGAGGGACGACACCAGUCUGCUUGCACAGUUUUUCUACGCGGACGAGUCUCUGAACACGGUCGCCUGCGAGUUGGACUCGUUCGACGGCCGUCAGGAGCCUGAGCGAUGCGCCAUAUUGGUGAACCAACUGCGUCACUGUCAGGACAAGGUUUUGACGAUAUGCAGCCAAAUAAUGGACGACCUGAUACCGGAGAGCAGGGCGAACAGGGACUUCAGGGUGAAGUUCCCCGAUGACGUAAUGCAAGAGAAUCUCGCGGGACAGCUGUGGUUUGGCGCGGAAUGCCUCGCGGCCGGUUCCUCGAUCAUGAACAGAGAGGUUGAGAGUUCAGCUAUGAGGCCUUUGGCGAAGGCUUUGACGAAGUCGUUGGACAUCGUCAGGAAUUUGCUCAGGGAGCACGCGCUGAAAGGUCACAUGAACCUCAAGUAUCUUUUCCAGACGCAGAACCCGCUGGACCCGUCCCUCGAGAAGCUGAUCGAGUCGCUGAAGAUCUUCGACCGUCUGUUCGCCGAUUUCGAGCUGUGCUACGUGAGCGCCAUGGUGCCGGUGAAAUCGACGAAAGAGUACGAGCAGCAGGAGCUCGUGUGCGUUUUAUUUUCGGAGACGCUGCAAAGAGCUCUGGAACGUGGAUUGCUUAGCCAAGCAGACGUGGAUAAUUACGAGCCGGCACUGAUGUUUACUAUUCCUCGUUUGGCGAUUGUUUCUGGCCUCUUGGCUCCGCCUGGAGGCCCGCUGUGCCUCAAUUCCCCCGACAACAUCAGCGAGAUGUUUAGACCUUUUAGGACGCUUCUUCUAAAAAUAAGAGAGCUUCUCUGGACGUUGAACAAUCGCGAGCUCUACAUGCUAGAGAAGCUGUUAUGCUCGAACGAGGAGCCGUCGGGUCCAAUCACGCAGUCCUCGAAAUCUAGCGCGUGCCAGGCGAUCCCCGACCUCGAGGAGUUCGUUCACAAUUUUUAUACCGGUUAUCCGAACUGCAAAGACUUCAUCGUAGAUUUUUACACAGUGACAAGAAACACGGGGAACAAUAUGGACGAAGUGGCUAAUGACGUGGUUCAAACGUUGGAAGAGGAAGAGAACGUCGAUCGUUUAACCGAGAGAAACAGCGAUCAGGACGGCGAAGAGGACGAGAGAUUGGCGAAAAUCGUGGAGAUCGGGCCUAAUCGGUUGAACGUAUCCGCGAACGGGUACGACGGGACUGUUAGUAGGUGUAACGAUGGCGCUAGGACAUCCAGUGAACGCGACAGUGCUCGUGACGAAGUGCAGUAUCAAGUGAAAAAACCGGCUAGUUCGUCGAAUACCACCAGUAGACAAUUAUCAUGCGACGAUAGUCCUUAUUCGCGGAGAAUAGAACGUAACCCGAGUCCUGUUUCCAUAGGGAACGAGAGUACGGCUGAGCAGGUAGUACCCGAGAGUAGUAUCUCUGGUUCUAGUGAAAACAGGUGCGGGGAACAAGUGCAUAAACAACAGGAGGAGUUCAUGACUUCGGACAUCUCUGAGAUACUAGGCACGUCGGACAACAUAGAGAUCCCUCAAACCUCACACGAGAACAACGUGACCGGAGAGACCGUGCAUAUUCAGAACUCUUUGCCUGACCUGGACUCGAAGAAGCUGAUCUCCGAGGCGAACAAAACCUUGUCGAAUUUACUGUUAGACGGAGAGUGUCAGAACGAGAUCUCCGAGCAAACUGACUCUGGAAUUUGCACGGUGAUCUCUUCGGAGAACACCAGUCUUUACGAUAAAAGUCCGGAGGAGAAGAAGACGUUCGCCAAUGAGAUUCAACAGGACGAGCAGACGUUGGACGACGAAGACACGCAAGAGAACACCAGUUAUUCUUGUUCCAAUUUGAAUUCACCUAAGAGAAAGAGCUCGACGAUAUCGGACACCUCGUGUGUGUGCAGCUUGAGAAGCGUGAAAACUGUAACGUCUUUGGAUCAUUCUAUCGAAGUGCACAAUCUGCACGGGGCAAGCACCGAGGCGGCUAAAAACAUUCCACGGAUAUCGUCGAACUUCGACGGGACGAACGAGGAGUUCGUCGGUGUGGCGUAUGGAAAUGGACACAUCUCUGUCUGCGAUUCGAACCAGUCUAGCUUCCAGAUCAACUAUUCCGAGAACUGGGAGAACCUGAAUCUGAGCAUCGACGCUUCGACAUCGAGGAAGGAGUUCUGGAGCGAUUUGAAGUGCGAGAACUGUCCAUCCACGUCGCAGAAUAUCGAGAAGAUCGGCACGAAGAUUGCUCAGGAAAAAAUCACCACGUCUAGGAAGGUCAGAGACGAGAAGCAGAAGCGGAGACAUCAGCGUAAACACGAGAGGAACGGCCAGAGACUGCAUCACGGGGUGCACGAGAACAGGGUGCAGAAUUUUCGCAACGUUCGUUCAUCGGUUAGCACAGAAAGUUCCAGGUCGAAUUCGACGGAUCGUUGCUUGAAUUCUACCAGAUUGAUCAGUUACGGGGCCAGCCUUCAUCCCAGCCAGAACACCAGACAGAUGCCUAACUUUGGGAGCCAUAGUCCUCGCGCCAGUCCAAGAUUGCAGCACUUCGAGACACGUAGCACGCCUGGAUCUGGUCAGAGAACUUGUAGUAUCGCGUCUAGAGCACAGAGAAAUUUGUCACCGCAGAACAGGAAGCUUUUGGAUCACAGAAGAUCCAGGUCCGAGCAGAUUAGCAGGAUGAAGAGGAGAGAUUUUGACAAAAGGGAUAAAUACGAACGAGCUAAUCAAAGGGCUGAGCAGACCAAGAGAAAAUUGGGAAGCAGAAGUCCCAAUGAACUGAUAAACGACGGUUUGGGACCAAGAACAGACAAGAGCGGUCUGGCUAACGAACCUUCUUCGCCUGUGACCACGCAGACCGUGUCUUAUGGCAUGCAAAAAGACAAUAACUCGCACAGGACCACCACGCGAGCAGUGAGACUGGUGAAUGCGUCGACUGUCCAGGGGACGCAGUCGUUUAGUUCUGACCAUUCGUUGGCGCAGAAGCCGGAAGUUGGGUCCAGUUCUAGUUGCUCCAGUUGCUGUGACUCGAGUUCGGAAACCAGCGAGUUCCAGAGCGACUGUCAGGACGACGAGGAGAUCGCGUUGGCGAUGCAAGCUGCUGAAAUUGCGAAUAGGAAUCAGAUCCGAGCGAAGUUUCGGUCGUCUGAGGAUCUUGUCCACCGUUUGUUCGUCUGUAUAGCUGGGGUGGCCGACCAAUUGCAGACUAAUUUCGCAUCAGAUCUGCGUAAUAUUUUAAAGUGUGUGUUCCUGAUGAACAGCAGUCAAACCGUGGAAGACGUGGAAACGAAAAAUGAAAUUUUAACGUCUGAUAAUCAAGUAGCGAGUCCAUUAAACGAUACAGCUACCAAUCACGACCGACAGGAUUCGCUGCAAGAGUAUGAGGAUGAUUUGGAAGAGACUAUCGCGGUGACUGAUCAUAAUACAAUGUCCCCUGUGACGGAGCGCGGCGAAGAAUGCGUGGAAAGAGCGCCAGCCUGGGUUCCGGAUAACGACGCGCCUCGUUGCAUGGCGUGCCAGGCAGGUUUCACGGUGGUCAGACGUAGACACCAUUGCAGAAAUUGCGGCAAGGUGUUCUGCGGUCGUUGCAGCAGCAACAACGUGCCCCUGCCUCGUUACGGGCACACAAAACCCGUUCGUGUGUGCAACAGGUGUUUUCUCUAUCAGGUGACACCGUUCACCGUAUCCCAAGUGACUCCAGCGAGCUGAACUUUGCCGGGAUGAGGUAUAUAAGAGAGAGUUUCUAAGGAAUAUCAAUCGUCCUAUUCUUCGUUCGCGACGUCCUUUGAUAAAUUGGAAGCCGCGCGCAGAUCGUUUCACAUCCGUUGUUUCUUUUCUUCUGAACUCUAUAAUAGCGACUGUAAUAAGAGUUUUUUGAGGUUUGUCUCUCUUAGGGUAUAAACGUUACAGACAC